CUCACACUGCCAUCUUAUUCUUCGUCUGAAGGCAUCCUUAGAUCGAAGUUGCAGCUGAAUAUUGCUCUUGUCUUUAUUUAGCGUCCUGGUCUUGCUGUCAUGCACUAUGCUAAGCACGUCUCCAGAAGCGCGACUCUCGACGAUUCGAGUCCUAAUGCGCCCGACAAACAAUACAAAGUCAAGGCCGGUGACAUUGGUUUCGAAGUUCCAGAACACAUCCUGCCUGAUAUAAUACCACUUUACGAUACAAGACUAGACUACUUCAAUAUCCAUACUCAGCGCGACCGUCGACUUCGCCUGUUGAUUCGGCGCUUCACCAACCAGAUCCAAUAUGGCUGCAAGAAUACCAAUUGCACAACUCCCACCUGCCUGAGCUAUAGAAAGAGAAACAGCACUGCGCCAUUACGGAAAUACACAGAACUGAGUGCCAGGACUCUGGCCUGCCAACUUCUCGAGGACUUCUCAAGAGGUGGAAAAGAGCCUCUCGCUGAACUUUGCUCGAACGAGCCGAUUGUCCCGUGGUAUGAGGACCCUGUUGUUGCUAAGAGGAGACGCACCAGCCUCGAUAAAACAGCGCAUCUACAACAGGGACAUGGCGCCCCACUGAAAGACCAGGCUUCUGUGCGGUGGGCGAGAGAAUCUUCGCAGCAAUCGCGAGGAGCAGAACAAGUGCGGCGAAAACCGGCUCUUGAUGGCAUUAUUCAGGCAGGCAGGAGUCUGCGUACCUUAGAAACGUCGAAAGAUUCUAAAGAAAUUGCAAAAGCGGUGGUCGACGUUCUGAAUACUUCGUUUGCCUCCCAAGGACACAAUGAAGAGCGAUCUGAAGAGAGUCUGGUGAGCAAAAGCGUCGGUACGGUGUCGGCUACAGCGUUGCAGUCGCCAGACCCGGCCAAGCCAAAAGACCUGGCUUCUUUCACCCAGAACAUAUUCGACCUACUGCCCCUUCGACUACUCAGUUGGCUACCAGCGAGAUCUAAUAGUUCCUUGUCUGGGUUCAAGAACUCAACCACCACUCCUGAAAAAGAUGAGCAGCAGACCUCCAAGGAUCUCCCGGAUUCGAUCACUAAGGUAAAGACUGCUGACAACCUUGAGGGUUCGGGCACCGAAUCUCCACCAACAAAUCCACUUUUCACAUCUGGCCAUGACGAACAGGAUGCAAAGGCACCGGAAUACCAACCCGAAGAAGAAUUCUGCUCCCGGGGAUACACCCUUCGGACAUUGACGUGGGACUCUCUCGUAUGGCUACGCUCCGUGGAUAGAGUGGGGACGUCGACCACGUACAAGAAAAGGAUUCUGUCCUUUCUGAAGCAGAGCUUCUCGUACUGCCUUAGCGAUCCUCAACGCCUCAUCAACACGGUCAAGGACCUUCAAGUCGACUAUUCGGGUCCUUGCGCCGAGGAAAACUCGGACGGUGGAAAUGCACCUGUCAUUCUCUCCUCGACUGGCAUCUUAUAUUCUCCGCCAAGAGUGCUGACGAGAACUAAACUGGACAUCGACGGUCUUCUGUCAAGUCUUGCCUUUCUUGAUAAUUUCGAGGAGCGCGACUUGGUUCUGAAUUGCAUCUUCACAGCACUGCAGCAUUCCUACCGGCUACCACAGCGACUACAAAUCCAGGCAGCUGGCAAGCGUAGUCGGUCUGCUAGCGGAAGUGGCGAGAGAGCGUCGGUCAAGAGCCAGGAACUCCCUAACACGAGAGAUGGAUACACGUUGGACGACACCACAUCCCCAGGACAAGCCGAGUCGCUCCUGUCUAUUAGCGAUUCUCAGGUUGCCGAGCUGUGCCUUAUUGCACUCAUGUCUGUUGCUUCAAUAGCCUUCAAUGGCCGAUACGGUCAAUUCUGGGGAAACAAAGCGCCAUUUGAUCGGUUUGCGACCCUAAGAAACAGUGGCCUUGCUCACUCACGUUGGUCUGAGAACAACGACUCCGAGGAGAUCAGGCGAGAGACUUUACGCUUCAUCAACACAAUGAUCAAGGCCAUUGAUGUUUGUGAUGAUUGGUCAGUGCUCCGUCUUCUCUAUGCCAUCACAGAUGUGAUCAGCCAUCGUCUGCUUGUAGCCAAAUGGUCGGCCGCCGUGCCAGCCGCCGGUCUGGCAAGUUCGAAAAAGAAGAACGUGGUCGAUUUGCUGGUACGACGACUCGACAGGGACACACUGAGAGGAUGGGACUCCCUAGACAAGAACUCAAGCUGGAUGGGAACCGCUAUCGUUGAGCUUUUGAGAACGGUCAUGCUCAAGGCUUGGGAUCACCGGCCGAUCGUUCAGCGAAGUGGGUCAGUCGGAGGCGCGCUUGAGCUAUUGGCCGGUAUUUACCGGGAGAGGAAGGACCUGAAUCUGGAUUCCAAUCUAUUCCGCAUGCCAUUCAUCGCCGACGUUUUUGACGAGAUGUCUAUGCCUCACGAAUGGCUGUCGUUCCGCGCAGACACUCGACAGAUGCAUCUCUUGUCAUUCUCGUUCCUCUUUGAGCCUGCUACCUUGGUCAGAUAUUUCAGAGCGAUCAACUUUGACAUGAUGCGAAAGUCAUAUGAAAGUGCUACGCUUGUGUACGGUGAUGCACGACAGUAUUUGUGGGCCCCCAAAAUUCCGGUGUAUGGCCAAAAAGAAGUGUUGGCUCAGAUGCGACCACACAUGGCCAAGUACUUCGUCCUCACCAUUCGAAGAGACAACGUACUGAAUGACGCGAUCAGCCAGAUUUGGCGUCGACAACGGAUGGAGUUGAUGCGGCCUUUACGCGUGCGACUUGGAAAGGACGAGGGCGAGGAUGGCGUGGAUUAUGGUGGCGUGCAACAAGAAUUCUUCCGGGUCGUUUUCGCCGAAGCUUUCGACCCCGACUAUGGCAUGUUCACCAUCGACAGUGCGACAAGGAUGUCCUGGUUUCAGCCUGGCUCGUUUGAGCCUCUUUACAGAUUUGAAGCCUUGGGGAUCCUGAUGUCUAUAGCCAUCUACAAUGGCAUCACGCUACCGGUCACUUUUCCACUGGCGUUCUAUCGCAAGCUGCUUGGUCUGAAAGUAAAGAAAUUGGACCACAUUGCCGAUGGCUGGCCUGACUUGACCAGAGGCCUAAAAUCCUUACUGGAAUGGUCCGAGGGCGAUGUUGGCGACGUGAUUGCCAGGACGUACGAAUUUAGCUACGAACUCUGUGGCAACACUGUCAGCGUUGACAUGCAGAAGAUUGGUCGUGACGACGUAUGGCCACCAGUAAAGCCGCGGAGAACUAGGAAAGGCAAAGAAAAGUCCAAGUCGACCUCAUUCGAACUUCCCAUUGAACCGUCGCUGACGCCACCAAUACAACCAUCACCAGAUCUACAACCGAGCAUAACUCCUAUACGCCGAAAAUCCUCGAUCGAAAUCAAAGGCAUCUCGACCCCCUCGAGCAUCGAUAGCGAUCUGCUCGAAGAAGCCGCUUUCGUCACUAACGCCAAUCGCGAGCAGUACGUGAAAGACUACAUUCUGUGGUUGACCCACAAAUCAAUCCAACCACAGUAUGAAGCUUUCGCCAAGGGCUUCUAUACAUGUCUCGACCGCACAGCGCUGUCGAUAUUCACGCCCGAAGCACUCAAGGCAGUGAUUGAGGGGCAUCCAGAAAUUGACAUUGACGAGCUCGAACGCACAGUCACGUACGAAGGAUAUGAGCGGAACUCUGACUUUAUCCGUGAUUUCUGGCACGUCGUACGAAGUUUCAGCCCUGAGCAGCAUCGGCAACUGCUGGAAUUUGUCACGGCAAGCGAUCGUGUGCCGGUGAAUGGGCUGAGCAGUGUGCAGUUCGUUGUGCAGAGGAAUGGGGACGAUGAUGAUGCGAGACUGCCGAGUAGCAGCACAUGUUAUGGGAGGUUGUUGUUGCCGAUGUACUCGAGCCGAGAGGUGAUGAAGGAGAAGCUGGGACGGGCGAUUGAGAAUUCUGUGGGCUUUGGGACACUGUAAUCUAGUUAGUCACAUCGUGCCUGGGAUCAAGGUGGUAUGCCUCGAGGUGAUUGAUAGAUAGCGGCAUCAUACCGUAUCAUAUUGGGCGAUGCGCAUUGCAACAUCAUGGAAGUUUAGCCGAGCUACGGCGUUGCAGCAGC